AUCAAUUAAAACUGUCAACGACCAAAAAAUCAUCCAACUUGCAAAAUCUCUCUCCCCCUCGUCUCUCUAUAUCUCUCUCGAUUUGUCAUCACUUCUCGUUAUUCAGGUCAUCUCCUCUCUCUCUCUCUCUCUCUCUCUUUCCCCGUCUCUCCGUAUCCAUAUCUGCAUCUGUAUAUACAUCUAUAAUCACAUACACACACAGCACAGAUUUUAUUACUAUAUUUUAUUUUGCUUUUUGAUUCCCUCUUUAUUUUCUUAACUCUAUCUAUUUCAAAUUCCUGAUUCCUCGAAAUUCGCAACGCAAAAACGCUUAUCCAAUCUUUAAUUCCAUAGCUGAUCACCCAGUCACCCCCAGUUUCUUGCUCAAUUGUAAUUUUUCGCAGCUCAGAGCCCUAGGGUUGUAAAUCUAGCUCUAGGGUUCUGUUAAUUCGUGUGUAAUUGUUAAUGGAUCUUCAAUUGGUGGACAAAAGUUUGAAUUUCUCGCGAAAAAAUCGGAAAUGGUUGAUUCUGUUAGCUGCUUUUGGGGUUUCGGGUUAUGGGGUUUAUAAAGUUUAUAACUUGGAGUGUGUGAGUAGGAAAAGGAAGAGGCUUGUUAAGCUUUUAGGUGCUUUGGUUAGGCUGCUUGAGGUGGUUUCGGAUUCUUCGGAGAUGAUUGGGGUUGUUUCCAGGGAUUUGAAGGAGUUUUUGGAGUCUGAUUCAGAUCAGAUUCCGAAUAGUUUGAAGCAGUUGUCGAAAAUUGCUAGAUGUGAUGAGUUUUCACAGUCGUUGAGUAGGGUUAGUGAGGCUGUUGCUUUGGGGGUUUUAAGGGGGUAUAGGUUGGAGAGUGGGGGUGUUGAGGAGGGGAAACCGGGUUUUGUUGAUGGGGUUAUGGAUAGGUUGACUACGAAAGCUGGGACGGGUUUUGUGUCUGUUGUUGUUGGUAGUUUUGCAAGGAAUUUGGUGUUGGCUUUUCAAGCGAGUGGGGAAGGUGGUGAAGAGUUGAAUGGGAGUCCGAAGUUUGGUGCGGUGGAUGUUGGAUUGAAUUCGUCUAAGUGGAUGGAUUUGUUGGGUGAUGAAAGGUGUAAAGUGGUUAUGGCUGAUAGUAUUCAGACAUUUGUGAGCACUGCAGUUGCGGUUUAUCUUGAUAGAACUGCGAGUGUCAAUAUUUAUGAUGAUAUGUUUUCUGCGUUAACUAAUCCCAAGUAUAGGACCCAAAUGAGGGAUGUUUUGGUGUCUGUUUGUAAUGGUGCGGUUGAGACACUUGUGAAAACGUCUCAUCAAGUGUUGACUAGCUCAAAUUCAAAUUCUGGACCAAAUUCAAACUCUUCUUCUAGUGCUCCAAGCAAAACAGGAGAUGAGCUUUUUGGACAAUCUGGAUAUGCAACAAAGCUGCAGGAGAAAAACUCGUUCUUUGAUAUUCAGAACAGCCCGUGGGUUACAAAUGUGUCGUCUACACUGGCAGUUCCAAGCAAUAGAAAAUUUGUGCUUGAUAUGACUGGGAGGGUCACUUUUGAAACAGUGAGAUCUCUUGUGGAGUUCGUCUUGCGAAAACUAAUGGAGGGCUUGAGAAGAAGUUUAAGUGUACUUCACGAUGAAGUCUUGGGCAGGGGACUAGAAGUUAUACAGUAUGUUGGUGCCAAGUCAUCUGUUAUUGUUACUAUAUGUGUUGCCAUGUAUUUACAUAUCCUGGGUGGAACAAGGGCAUUCUUGCCUGCUUAAUUGGUCGACUUAUCUCUACCUAUUCAAACUGUUAAUGUAUUAUUUAAAGGUGAAAAUUUAUCAACAUAGAUAAUACGGCUGUAUCUUAGUUGUUAGUCUAGCAACUUGCAACUUAUGUUCCUUCCCUUGUGCAAUGUGAAUUGUGCCAUUGUGGAAUAUAUAUUUUGUCAAUGAUAGAAUUGUUAACUAGCA